UUAGCCUUUAGCUUUGUGAGAGAUGCAUACUUUGCGUGUUGUCAUAACCAGAGAAUAUUGCCCCUCUGUUCCUGACUUGCUGUCUAUAUAAGAGAGCACAGCAGUGGACAAUUGCUGACCCCUCUCCCAGCUAUUCGUUUUGCUGAUUUGCAGCCACCUGGCAGUUCUUGUUCUCUCAUUUCCAUGCUAAAUCUCUUUCUUUUAGGUUCCCAGCGAAGUGAUUGAUGCAAAAAAUUCCAUCCAUGCUCCACAAACAGCCCAUCACCAAAAAAAAAAAGAAGCAUCUGAUUGUUUUCCCACUAGUCUUGUUCUUCCAUACCUAAAAUUACACCUUUUAAUCAGCAGCUCUAGUAAAAAAAUCAUAAAUUUUAUUUUUUGCUGCUUCCUUUUUAUAUUAAUCUGAACUUUUAUGUUGUUUUUUCCCUUUUCUUUUACCUAAUGUUGUUUUGCGCCCUUUCUUUCCAUAGUGAUCAAUUGGAAAAAGUAAAAAAAAAUUUGUUGUGCUUCUUCAUGAUUAUUUAUGCCUUUCUUGGUUAUUGAGUCUUACAAAAUAUAAUUGCUUUCUUCCUUCAUUGAAGCAAUUAAUUGCAUCUUCUAGCGACAAAUCGAUGUACCGAAAAGAUUUAUAUGAUUCCACCCCCUUCAAGCUGAAACCCAGCAAAGUCAACUAGAUCAUAUCUUGUCAUCCACACAACAUCAACAAAAUUUUGCUGCAGAAUUGGAGAGACAACAUAUAUUGGCAACCUUCAACUUAAAUGUUGCUUUCUUGGUGAACGACACAAAGUUAGUACUAGAAAUUUCACUGUAAACAACAUCCCAAAGGCUAAACCAGAGGUUCCCUGUAAACUGAGAAUUUGGGUCCAGUACUGAACAUAAGUCAUGUCAGCAUCAUCUUCGUUUGACAUGCCAUUGACUGAAUGGCGUCAUUACCUGCAAAAUAUCAAUUUCUGGCUGAAUGGACACAGCCCUGCAUAUCAUAACUUGGAAGAAAAACUUGACCGGUAUUAUUACGUGCAGUGGAAUGUUGGGGUCGGACCCACAGCAUGUUUCACACGAGCUAUAUCGAGCAUCGCUCGGGAUGUAAGGAUCAGGAAAUAUGGUCCCUGGGACCAUGUAAUAGAGGUGGACAUGAAGCAGAAAAUCAGGAAACGUGGUCCCUUCGACCAUGUAAUAGAGGUGGGCAUGGAGCAUGCAGCAUCAGAGCUGGGAAUUCGGUUCGACGACAUUAAUGACAUGCUGCAUAUCAAAGUGGCAGAGCAGCUGAGCUGCGGUACUAUACCUACAACAUGGAGAAGAAGCAGGAUGACACAGUCUCACCCCGGAAUCUAGCUCCUCAAAUAAUGCAAAAUCUACUGACCAAGAAUUACCUGCUGGUGGUUCAGAAUCUCGACAGACCAAUAAAGCCCAUCAAGAUUAAUGAUACGACAGAGGGCUUACGGCUUCCUGCCCCUGGGUGGAAUGAUUCUUCCUGGAUCGUAUCCACCACCUCCCAAGAUGUCUAUGACAGGAGCAACAAGCCAAAUGAUCCUCGCGUCAUCAAAUACUUUUCUGGGGAUAAUAUAUUGAUUCUCAUACUGCAUUCUCUGAAACAAGCGGCCAAGUACAUCUCUGUUGUGGUUGGCCAUGGAGAGAAGUAUUGGCAUCAUGUGGCCAUCCAGUGCUUUCACUAUGCCACCAUGCUGCUUAUUCCCCACAGUUCCAAUAUUGACCCGCCAAAGUGUGAUGCCCAGGCUGAUGUUAGCUCAGAUGUGUUGAUCCGCCAGUGGUCUGCUCAAGGCAUCCUUCCUGUCAUGAAGCCAAGUGUCCAAGAAAAAAUGGGGGAGGACACUGACGGCUACCACUGUCAGUACUAUGGUGAUGAUAUAUAUCAACUUGGAAAUGUCAUCCUCGAGGCUUUUCGGGAGUAUUCGUUGCUGCAGCUGCCUUUUUCUCCUGCAACGAAAGAUGAUGAAGCCACAAUAUCUGCUGCACACUUCCUAGAAUAUCAUAGCCUUGUUGUAGAGCCCCUCACAUCCGGUGAACUCUGUGAGGGAAAUCACUCUCAGUUGGAGCACAUGCAAUGGAUCUCACAUGUGGGCGACCAAGGAUGGCAUGUAAGCAGAGAUUGGUUGAGCCAGGAGUCCAGCGGCCCGACCACACUUAUUAUAAGGCAUUGCUCGCAACACUCGAGGUUGUUCAUGAAGCUUGAAUCUGAUGAUUUCUUGGCGAAGCUCCCUUGUCUUCGUGUUCUUGAUAUUUCCUACACUCCGAUAGAGUCGCUUCCUCCUUCAAUCUGUUGUCUCCAAAAACUCCAAUUGCUUUCCCUUAGAGGCUGCUAUAACCUCAGAAGUCCAUUCAGCUUCCCAGAUACUGAAAUUACUUUCUGUGCAAACAACAGCAACAAGAAGCUCAACUUGCUCUAUCUCGAUCUCUCCUAUUCAAAUAUACACACAUUCCAGUGCGACUUCUUCCAUAGCAUGCCUAAUCUAAAAGAGCUCCUGCUUGUUAGGUGCUCAAACCUUGAGGAGUUGCCACCCUCCAUUGCUGUGUUGUCUAGUCUAACAACAUUUGACAUCAUGUGCUCGAACCUUAAGGAGUUGACACCCUCCAUUGCUAUGUUGUCUAGUCUACUAACACUUGAAAUUAUAAAUACUCAAAUAAAAUCUUUCCCUAUAGAGAUAUUUGAAGAAAUGAGGAAGCUCCGAUCACUCAAGCUGAUUGACAACAAGCUCCUGGGGCUAACAGAGAUAAAAUUGGUUGGGCAUAGUACCCUUAAUUCAUUCUCAUUGAUUGAUGCGCCUCGUACAAAGCGAUUGUCUUUGCUCGGAUGUAGAAAGCUAGAAUCUGUGGACAUUAAGGAGGUUGAUGCUUUGGAGGAACUUGAUCUAUCUGCUACCGGUAUCAAGGAGCUACCAGACAACAUCCCUAAUCUGCCCCAGCUUAGGCGAUUGCUUCUCAGGGGCGUUCCUUCCCUGAGACGAUUCCCUUGGCAUAAGCUGCAUAGAUUCCCAGAUGUGUUUUGCUUGGAUCAAUGCUCAUCAGAUGGAACUGUUAAUCAUGAUUGCAGUACUCCACAAGUUGCUCAGGUGUGCAUAAGUGAUUCCAGAUUGUUUUAUAGCUUCAAUUAUGACACCUGGGAUUUAGUAUGGGGUGGACGACUUUUGAAAUCUUUCAAUGUUCAAAUUACAUCAUGCAAGGCCACAACUAGGAAGAUGCACAAACCUAUUUUCCUUAUAUUUAUUUUAUGGCUAAAUAAUUUAUUUAAGCUUGCGAUAAAUGCUCUAAAUUCAAGAUAAAAUAAAUAGAACCUUAUCGAACCUAAAAAAACCUAAUUAAAAUUAUUUAGGUUCUUAAUUCGAAAAUACGGGUGUUACAGAGAGCCCCUCACAUCUGGUGAACUCUGUGAGGGAAAUCACUCUCAGUUGGAGCACAUGCAGUGGAUCUCACAUGUGGGCGACCAAGGAUGGCAUGUAAGCAGAGAUUGGUUGAGCCAGGAGUCCAGCGGCCCGACCACACUUAUUAUAAGGCAUUGCUCGCAACACUCGAGGUUGUUCAUGAAGCUUGAAUCUGAUGAUUUCUUGGCCAAGCUCCCUUGUCUUCGUGUUCUUGAUAUUUCCUACACUCCGAUAGAGUCGCUUCCUCCUUCAAUCUGUUGUCUCCAAAAACUCCAAUUGCUUUCCCUUAGAGGCUGGUAUAACCUCAGGAGUCCAUUCAGCUUCCCAGAUACUGAAAUUACUCUCUGUGCAAACAACAGCAACAAAAAGCUCAACUUGCUCUAUCUCGAUCUCUCCUAUUCAAAUAUAAGCACAUUCCAGUGCGACUUCUUCCAUAGCAUUCCUACUCUAAAAGAGCUUCUGCUUGUCAAAUGCUCCAACCUUGAGGAGCUGCCACUCUCGGCUCUUGCAUUGUCUACUCUAACAAAACUCGAGAUAAUAGACAACAAGAAAUUCAUUUCAUUCUCGAGAUUAACAGAGAUGGCAUUUGAUGGGCAUGGCACCCUUCAUUCAUUCUCAUUGGUUGGUACACCACAUAUAAAGCGAUUGUCAUUGCACGGAUGUAGUAAGCUAGAAUCCGUGGACAUUAAGGAAGUUGAUGCUUUGGAGGAGCUCGAUCUAUCUGCUACGGCUAUCAAGGAGCUACCAGACAACAUCCCUAAUCUGCCCCAGCUUAGGCGAUUGCUUCUCAGGGGCGUUCCUUCCCUGAGACGAUUCCCUUGGCAUAAGCUGGAUAGAUUCCCAGAUGUGUUUUGCUUGGAUCAAUGCUCAUCAACUGGAACUGUUAAUCAUGAUUGCAGUACUCCACAAGUUGCUCAGGUGUGCAUAAGUGAUUCCAGAUUGUUUUAUAGCUUCAAUGAUGCCACCAAGGAUUUAGUAAGGGGUGGAAGAAUUUUGAAAUCUUUCCACGUUCAAAUUACAUCAUGCAAGGCCAAAACUAGGAAGAUACAGGAUGAUGAGGACAUGGUGAAAACCAACAAGCUUCAUGCUUCAUUGGCAGCCUAUGCCGAUGUAAACCGUCGCUAUCUGACAGAUGGAGUCUUGAUGGUGUCAAUGGAUGACGUGCCUCCCUUUCGGGAGAGUGAGCGUCAUGUGGGGAUCUCAGCAGUGGAGCGGUAUCCCCAUGGUCUGAGGUAUCUUCUGGCAGUCACUAAAUCAAUUAGCAUGUCAGAUGAUA